AUGAGUGCAGACUGCAGCGGGUAUUAUACCGCGAGCAAUGCCUUCGUUCCCAACUUCACAUGUCCCAAACCCGACAGCGAUCUGGGCGCCAAUUAUUGCUGCGGCUUUAAUGAUAUCAAAUACUGCUGUGAUGACCCUAACAGUUUCUUCCCUUACCAGUACAGCUACAUGUGGUCGUUAAGUAUUGGUGCUCUUGUGGGAUUGUCUAUAGCAGCAGUGAUUCUUUUAACUUUUGUCAUCACAGUUUACGUUCUCUGCUACCUCUUCAUCUGCACUAAACCACAAUCCAGGCUGAAUACUGGAUUAGAUUUACAAGCACCAGGUCCUGACCAAAUUUUGGAGAACCCAAAUCAGAUCAAUGGACCAGGUACAAUUAGAAAACAAUUGUAAAGUUGGAGAUUAGAUUGCAACAAUCAGCCACCUGAACCUGACAGAUGGUUCCAGAGAUGUUUCAUGGCCACAGUGACAACCGUUAAUAUACAAGACUCCUCCUGA